AUGUCUACAGAAGCCGUCUUUGUCCUGCCCGGCGACCACAUCGAUCCCUCUCUCAUCCCCUCACAUCCAAAGAAACCCGUCCGUCUAGGUCCUGGACUGCGCCAUGUCCCUCCGAGCGAGCUUCUGCCAACGCUGGCCGGCCAGCUGGUGACGGACAGACAGAAGAAUGCGAUCCGGGUAGAGACGACCAGUGGCAGAUACAUCCCCCGAGUCGGCGAGCUCGUCAUCGGCACAAUCAACAAAUCCGCCUCAGAAGUCUACUUCGUCAGCCUCUCCGACUACACCGCUCCCGCCCUCCUCCCCCAGCUCUCCUUCGAAUCAGCCACCAAAAAGACCCGUCCCAUCCUGGCCCCGGGAGCGUUGGUCUACGCCCGCGUCACUCUGGCCAACAAGCACAUGGACGCCGAGCUCGAGUGCGUCUCGGCCUCUACGGGCAAAGCGGAUGGUCUCGGGCCGCUGGUAGGGGGCAUGUUGUUUACAAUCUCGCUGGGUAUGGCCCGCCUUUUGAUGAUGCCCAAGAAGGCGCAGCAGGGUAAGGUCGUGGUUCUGGAUGAGCUUGCCGACGCCGGUCUCCAGUUUGAGACGGCCACUGGCAGAAACGGCCGGCUUUGGGUGGACAGCGACAACACCAAGACAAUCAUCGUGGUCGGCAGAGCCAUACAAGAAACCGACGAAAAGUCUCUCGGCGCAGACGAGCAGAGGAAGUUAGUAAAGAAGCUAAUCAAGGAGCUGAGUUGA